AUGAGAACACCAGCUUCCUUCUCAAGGGCCGUUUCUAGAGCCUUCUCAACAACAUGCAACAAGAAGACUUUCUCAUCAUCAACAACAACCAGCCGAUUCGCAAAGAGCAACAUCAACAGUAGCAUUGGUUUGACUCAAAAUUCGUGUUCUCAUAAUUAUUCAACUUUUCUCUCCUCAUCAUCAACACAAUUCCAAGCUAUAACACCUUCGGGUUGUUCCAACAACCAUCAUUCAGCCCUCCAAACAAUGACUCAAAACGGAAAGAGAAAUAACUUGCCUGGUUUUAGAAAUGUUCGAACCACAGCCAUGCUCUCUCAAGUUUUUGCUCUGGGCUCUUGCGUUGAUGAUGAUGAUUGCUAA